AUGACCGACUCUACACCUGCAUCACCCUCACGUCCGAAAUCCAAUGCUCAAUCUCCUGUUGCAACCACCAACGUCAGGUUAUCACCGUCAAGUGCAUUCGGCUAUAACCGAUCUAGGAUAUCAGAUACACGGGGUUCGGAUAGAUCAGAGGAAGAAAAACAAUCGGACAGAAUCCAACAUGCUAAUGGUCAUACAACUGAACAAAAGCCGACAAAUGGAAGCGGGAAUAGAUGGGAAUCAAGAUUCGCACCUGGAUGGAGAGUAGGAUUCGAUAGUUCAAAUGAAAGAGGUGGUCCAGAGGAAGAAGCCGUCGCGGAUUCACCUCUAUCGCGUAAUUCCGCUUCAGAAAGAAACUCUUCUUCAAGGCAAGUCUCAGAGGAAAAAGAUGAAUUGGAAUCGGAAAAUGGAGAGAAUAGAGGUACUGGAUCCCCAUUGAUCAACGGGAAUGAUAGAAAUAAGAGGAAGGUUACGAGGAGUGUAGCUAAGAAAGUCAAAGAAGAAGUUGACGAUGGUCCACCUUCAGCGAAAAAGCGAAAGCCUCUAGCACCUGCGAAUGCCUCCCCUCUACCAUCACCACCUCUAACCACCGUUCGCUCAUCACAUCCACCUGCCGGUACCUGUCCAGGAGAUGGGAGAUGUAACGGAGCAGGUGGCAAAGCUGGCUGUGAAGGAUGUCCGACGUUCAACAACUCAAUAGCCUCUGGUCUAGUCAAUGCUGCCACAUCCGGCGCAAGUGAGGGCAUUGAGAAACCGCCUCCUCGACAUGCAGAACGGUCAAACCUGGGCGAUCGAUUGAAUCCAUGGGGUUUGGGAUUCAUGGGUGGAAUUGGUAUGGGCGCGAGAACUCUUUCGACAUCAAGCGAUCAUAGAGGUUCACCCGCUGGUCCUUCUAGCACCAUGACAAGAACCGGUUCUGAAGGGGGUUCUAGAGCUGAGUAUACACCAGAGUCAGACGACGAGAUGAAAGACGAUCAGCUUGUUGGACCCGGCGGACUACCAUCGGGGCUUGCUGCUACUCCUAUUGGCAUGACUUGCAGGAAUUGUGGUACUAGUACUACACCGUUGUGGAGGAGGGAUGAAGAGGGCAGACCUCAAUGUAAUGCAUGUGGUCUCUACCACAAGCUCCAUGGUGUGCCUCGUCCGGUCGCGAUGAAGAAGACGAUCAUCAAGCGAAGAAAAAGAGUACCAGCCGUCGGAGCUCAACCAGGCAGCAGGGGUGGGUCUGCGUCUACCGAUGCACCGUCUACAACCCCCACCACCGCUAUGCCCAGCGUUGUCGCUCCGCCACCUCACGUAGCUCCAAAUGAGAAUGAGAAGUCUCAUCCUUCUCCUCCCUUCGCUCAUCGAGCACCGCCCCACCCUGAAAGUCGAUUAGGUUUCAGUGCACUGGAUCCGUACGGUUUAGCUAGACGUGGCCUCACGAAACCUCAGACCGCUACCAUGACCUCCGGCACCCCCGGAGAGCGCAAAAAGCCUUGGUGGAUCGAAGGUGUACGAGAUAAGGAAAAGGACGAGAAGGAACGAGAAGCCAGGGAUGCCAAAGAACGCGAAGGUCUUGCUGCGGAAGCCCUGCUCGGUAUGGCUCCUGCUCCUAACGGUCAGAACCGUUCGCCGGACAAAAGAACUGCUGAGAAAACUCCGCUUGUACCUGCACCCGCUCAGUCAUCCACUCCUAAUACUACCUCUACACCUACGCCGAAUGCCAACAGACCCAACUCUAACGCUAUGGAUAUAGACACGCCAGAAAGCGAAGCUCGUGGCCUGAAGAGGAAGAUUGUCGAAGAUGAUCCCCGAUUACCCAGCCCUGUCACUUUAGGUCUCCAUACCAUCGAUAGGGAAAGAGAAAGAGCAAAGGAAGCUCGUUAUUCUCAUUCUCCCCUAGCAACCGCUGAGGCCAGACAACCCAAUCCUCCCGCCUCAACCGCUUCUCGACUCGGUCAGUCAUCAACAUCGGCACUCCUAGCUGGCACUAAUGCUGCCAACAGAUACUCAAUUUACGGUCCAACUACUCGAGACCCGCUCGGCGGUUCUCCAUGGGGUCUGAAUCCCGCUCGAUAUUCUGCUCUAGGUAUUCGACGCGAUUUAUCGCCAUCUGUACCAACAGCAUUAGCGGCUCCUAAACCAUCUGCCCUUGAUCCUCCUCGACGUGCUUCUCCUGACGCAGCUCGAGAUUCUCGAUUUUACCCUAGCUCAGUUACUGGCUCCGUCACGGGAUAUGGACAUUAUUCCAUGGGUCGACGUGAAUUAUCCGAACAUCGGGAACAAUUGAGAGAAGGUAAAAGAUGGUUGGAAGCAAUGAUGGCUAAGACUGAGAAGAUGCUACAUAUGGUUGAAAACAAAAUGGCUCUUACUGGCGAAAUGGGUUCAUCACUCGCCGCUGCAGGAAAUGGCGCAUCUGCCAGUAACUCGACCGCUGGUGCUGGACUAUCCUCGACACCCGGUAACGCAGCUUCAUCCGCUGGUGGUCGACACAACGAUGAUUGGGAAUAUGAGGAGAGGGAGAGAUUAAGACAAAGGGAAAUCCAACGUCUUGAACGAGAAAGAGAAAUGGACCGGGUUGAGCGAGAGAAGAGGGAUGUUGAGAGAGUUCGCGAGAGAGAGCGAGAAAGGGAUAGAGAUCGGUUAGGUGGAAAUAAUUCUUCUUCUAUCUUAUCCGAUUCUGAUCCGUUAGGCAGAGGCAGAAGGGAUAAAUCAGAAGCAGAACGAAAUCGAGAUUUGCUUCUUGCAUCUCGGAGAGUCACUGCCGUUUCACCCAAUCCAGCGACUACCAAACCUGGCGGAGGUCCCGGUGGGAACACUUCGACUCCAGGAUCAGGUCCUGCAGGCACAAGUGCAGGUGCAGGAGGAGCCAAUCCUUCAUCUGCCGCGUCAACUCCUUCAAAUCGAGAUAGUGCCAAUGCAAGAGAAAGAGAAGGUAAACCAUCACCGUGGGAUGGUGAACCCGUACUUGGAAACGUAGCUUUACCGAGGAGAGAACAACAACAGAAUAGUAUAAGUAGAGCAUUAGGUAGAGGUUUAUGGAGUUUCGAUGUGAGAGGCUAG